UAAGAGAAAUCUCCACCCACCCGAGACAGCUGGCCAUGUAAAACCAACUGGCCCAUUGAUACUUCGCUCGACGCUGAACAGAAUGACAUCUCCAUACAUUAUUUAAAAACAAAUGUAGGGCUACAUUUUGUUGAGUUUGAACUGCUUGUGAAAGUAGGCUACUUUUUUUUUGUCAACUUCAGCACAACAGGAAAAAGUGCGCAUAUGCAGGCUACUUGUAAAUGUAGUCUAUGAGUGGCUUGUCUAGUUUACCCUUUGCACAGCGAAUUAUUUAAUAGUUGUUUAGCUAACGUAAACUUCACAUUGUCUUCUCAGGGAAUGYCUUUGCUUUUAACUACUUUAUUUGAUAACGUGGCAUCAAAUAGAAUGUGGUGUCGGUUGUAGUUUCUGAUUGGUGAACUUCGAGAGGUGGUGUAGCUGGUUUGGCUUGUGUCCCAACUAGAGUACUGUCAAAAGAUCUGGGAGCUGUCGCAUAGUCAGGCUGGUCCGAACUCUCACUAAAAUGUAAGAGGCAUACGUGUCUGUAGUGUAUUCACCUGCCCGUCCUUAAUUAAACUUCAACAUGAGUGGCGAAAAUGAAAAACCCUCCUUGGUUUAUGGCGAAAUCAACGACAAUCAAGAUGUGUUAGAUCUGGAAAAAAUUACAAUUAUGAAGUAUGCCGUUGACAGCGAGGACGUGCGCAUGGAGCACAAGAUACGACUCCAGAACAGAGAAGAUACAAACCAAACCAUCAAACUAUACAAGCGGCGAUGGUUCAUCGUGUUGCUGUUCAGCUCGUAUUCUCUCUGUAACUCGUUCCAAUGGAUCCAGUACGGAAUUAUCAACAACAUUUUUAUGAAGUUCUACGGGGUAGAUUCUUUCACUAUAGAUUGGAUGUCUAUGAUAUACAUGUUGACUUACAUUCCCUUCAUAUUCCCGGUCACCUGGUUACUGGAUAAGAAGGGGCUCCGUGUCAUUGCGCUGGUGGCUACAGCCAUGAAUUGCGCGGGGACUUGGAUCAAAGUGACCAGUGUGAGACCCGACCUGUUCGCGGUCACCAUGUUCGGACAGUUCUGCUGCUCCUUUGCGCAGGUGUUUAUCCUCGGGAUGCCGUCGAAGAUCGCCUCGGUGUGGUUCGGAUCGGAGGAGGUGUCCACCGCUUGCUCCAUCGGGGUCUUCGGAAACCAGUUGGGUAUAGCCAUUGGGUUCCUGGUCCCUCCCAUCCUGGUGCCUAACGGUGAGGACAUGGAUCAGCUGGCCUAUGACAUCAGUAUCAUGUUCUACAUCACAGCAGGAGUUGCUACUCUGCUCUUCAUACUGGUCGUCAUGGCGUUCCAGGAGCGUCCGGAGCUCCCUCCCACCCAGGCCCAGGCGACAGCUCGCUGCAUCCCUCCAGAACAGUACUCCUACACCGCCUCCAUCCUCAGGCUGCUCCGAAACAAACCCUUCCUCCUCCUCAUCCUCACAUACGGACUGAACGUGGGCUGCUUUUAUGCUGUGGGCACGCUACUGAACCGCAUGAUCAUCGAGCACUACCCUGGUGAAGAGUUGAAUGCAGGGAGGAUAGGUCUCACCAUCGUUAUCGCUGGCAUGGUGGGAUCAUUGAUCUGUGGCAUCUGGCUGGACAGAACCAAAACAUACAAACAGACUACCCUGACGGUCUACCUCAUGUCCUUCGUAGGGAUGUUGGUCUAUGCCUUCACCCUCAGUCUGGGACAUCUCUGGGUAGUCUUCCUCACCGCUGGAGCUCUGGGGUUCUUCAUGACAGGCUACCUGCCCCUGGGCUUUGAGUUUGGAGUGGAGCUGACCUACCCCGAGUGUGAAGGCACCUCUUCAGGCCUGCUCAACUGCUCUGCACAGGUGUUUGGUAUCAUGUUCACUAUCUGCCAGGGGAAGAUCAUAGAUAACUACGGGACGCUGGCAGGAAACAUCUUCCUCUGUGUCUUCCUCUUCAUCGGAUCGGUCCUCACAGGCUUCAUCAAGUCAGACCUGCAGAGACAGAAGGCCAACCAGUUAGCCAAGGCAGCUGCGGACGGAGAGCUCUCUGGUCAGCAGCAGGACUACGGGGCCACGGCUCUAAUCAACAAGCCAGACUGCCCUUCUGCUUCUCUUCAGGCUUGAUCACUAACCCAUAUACCCUAUAACCCCUACACUCUUAGCUCGAACCUCAGACGGGCCAAGGUAGGGGCACAGCCAACCAAUAAUCACCACACGCUUCCCUGUCAUUAUUUUCUUCGGAGUGAAUCCUAACUUCAGCUUUAGUCUCCCCAUUCGACAUCGGUGCCAAGUCUUAAGUUAGGAUUCACUCUCCUGUACACCUUUUGCUUUUGACCAAGAAUUUCCUGGAAGCUUUGUAGUGCAAAAAUAAUCUUAUUUUUUUCCCCACAUUGGCUAAAAAUGGACUUUAGAUGAUCUAAGUUCUAGGAAGUUUUUGGGAAAUUAAAAAACAUAACCCUCCACCCCUCAUCUGAAUCCUGCUGYUGUUCUAUUUUCACUUCCCUCAACUCUCCACGCUCCAGAUUACAUGAUUAGACACAGGUUAUUUUCACCUACAGUCUACAAUAUGUUGAAUAAGAUGUAUGUGAUAAUCUUUUAACACUUUAACCUUUUUGAUGUGUAGUUCCUAGUACCUGUAUGUGUAUAUUUAUGUAGCGUGUUCUUUUAGUUAUUUAUCUGUUGUGUUGCUAUGGAUACUCAAACAGUUGGUCUGCUUGUAUUUCAGACUAAUACUGUAUUUGCAUCAGGAUUUAAAAAAAAAAAAAAAAAUCUGGUAACUUCUCCAAAUUCCCAGAUUUCCUGAAAUCCCGGUUGUAAGAUGCCUCGGAAUCAGAAGGGAAUAAGCAGAGAAUCCUCCAGCUGAGAUUGCUGGAAAAACUGGGGAUUCUGGGAAAGUUAUUAGAAUUUUGCAACCCUAAUCAGAAUAGUAUUUUUAGUUGGAAUGUGAUUGGCGGAUUGUUUUUGAU